AAAAAUCCUCAAUUUCCCAUUUUAAAUCAAACCCAAACUACCAGAUCCCAUCUUAUCUUCUGCCACCUAGAAUCCAACCUCCUUUGAGAUCCGUCUGGGUCGUUAAAUUGUAAGCCAACCCAGCCCAAAUCCAACCCUUUGAUUUUCUUGAUAAUUGGGCUUUACCUUGACACGUGGCCUUACCCUAUUGGUUUAUUUUAGGUGUAAACAAGAUCAGAUUAGCAUCAUGAGGCAUACACUGAUGGAAUCUGAGGAGAAAGCUCGACAAAGAAGCCAAGAGGUUUCUAGACAGUUGGAUGAUUCUUUUCAGAAUCUAGCUCAGAAUAUGGCUCAAAGUGUAGCCCAAAGUGUAGCCGACAUGCGGCGAUCCAAUGAAGAAAGUAACAGAAUCUGGCGCGAGCAAAAUGCAGAAAAUUGGAGAGCUUUCCAAGCUAAAAUGGAACGAAUGCAAGAGGCAUUUCGACGUGUCAGAAUUGAGCCUCAGCCACAAGCAGCAUAUCUUCAAAGGCAGAAUCAGAAUAUUCCAGCUCCAGCACUCGGGGGGCAAGUUAAUCUACCAUUGCCACCUCCCCAAAUUCAGCAGCAUCCUAGAUAUCUGCCACCUCCGCACCGACCAAAUGGAGGACAUCAACAACAUAAUGCACCUCCACAAAGGGAGCAUUUUCAGCCUUAUGUGCCACUGGUGCAACAAAAUCUUCAAAAUCUGCUAGGACAGUACAUUAAUCGUGAUCAGAUCAUCAACAUGGUGCAGGAGGCUUAUGGUCUAGUUUUGAGGCCUUUUGUCAGACCUGCUUACAGAAAACCAUAUCCAGAUUUCAUAGACCAAGAGAAUCCUUUUCCAAGGGGGUUCAAGUGUGGUGAGGCCUCCGGUGAUGAUAAUCUGAAGCUCAGGCUUUUUCCUAGUUCUUUAACUAGUACAGCUCUCACCUGGUAUCUGAGUCUGCCACAGAAUUCAGUUUAUAAUUGGAGGCAGAUGGAAGAUCUUUUUCACAUCCAAUUCUACCGUAGUGAGCCAAAAGUGUCCAUGGCAGAUUUAUCUCGUCUGGUGCAGCGACCUAGAGAGACAUCUGAGGCCUUUCUGGCCAGAUUUCGAAAGGCCAGACUUAAGUGCAGAGUUGCCCUGCCAGAACAGGAAUUUGUUAAGCUGGCACAAAAUGAGGACACGCAAAGGAAAUCUGCAUCUCAUGGGACGUAUUAUGGUGAUGCGAACUUUGAUCUGGACGUGGCAGAAGUGGUGGCAGACAAGCCAGUUGUUUGCCCAAAUUUGGUUAAAGUGGCCCAACAGACCGACAGAACAGUAAAACGUUAUGUCGGAGAGGCUGGAAAACAAUACACCUUUGACAUUUCAAAAACUAAUGAAAUUUUUGACCACCUUAAAAAGAGUGGUCUAAUUAAGUUGCCGCCGGGACAUAAAAUCCCAAUGGCUGGCGAAAUUGGAAAUAAAAUCGACAAGGGAAUUUUGCGUUUUCCAGAUAAGGCCAAAGAAACUAUGGGAGUUGAUGUAGAUCCAUUCCCUACCAUGUCUGUUGGGGUGAACGCGGCAGAUCUCAAGAGCAUUGCCAGAGACAGAACUCAGACAUACUAUAGGCGCAGACUUGCAGCUGAUGAUCUGAGGUGGGUCAUUGAGGAGGCCAAAGCUCGCAGAAAUCAGGGAACUGCGAUAUCUGGAUGCGCAGAAAAGCCCAGAAUGGUGAAACCACCACCCAGAUCUCCAAGCAAACGAUGGGAACGUGUGGUGCAUCCAAAAUUUCCUAAAGAUCAGGCACAGCCGCUCCCAGCAAGAAGAAAAUCAGUGUGGGUCCGUAAAGAAAAAGGGAGCACAUCUGAUCAGAAUUCACCAGAGAAGGAGGAACCACCCAGAAUUCCAACAUCACCUCGAAUUCUGGCUGUGGAAUCAAAUGAAGAAACCGGUUUGAAGGUGAAGUUUGACGUGUCAGAUAAAGCGGAAAAUUCGUCAGAUGUAAUCUGUUUUGGUGAGUUUUCCGUGAAUCUAUCAUGCUUGGUGAUUCCUCUUCCCUUGGUUUUUCAAGCAAGAGAGCAGUCAGAAUCUGCAGUCUGUCACCAGAAAGAUUUGGCUGAGGAAGAAGAAGUCAUCGAGAUCCCAACUAAGGAAGAUGAUGGUAUGGAUUCAGUAGAUAAAAUCAUUUUCGAAAAACCAGAAGAGAGGAUGGCCAGGCACAUUAGGCCAUUAUACAUUCAUGCACAUCUAGAUGGUAUGCCAAUAAAUAGAGUUCUGGUUGAUAAUGGAGCAGCUGUCAAUGUUUUGCCAACUUGUAUUCUGCACAAGAUUGGCAAAUCUUUGGGUGAUUUAAUGGAGACAGAAGUGACAAUCAGUGACUUUACUGGUGGAGUCAAUCGCUCAAGGGGAAUUCUGCCAGUGGAACUUACCGUUGGAAAUAGAACUCUCAUGUGUGCAUUCUUUGUGGUUGAAACCAUUGCCACUUAUAAUGCAUUGCUUGGGAGAGAUUGGAUACAUUCCAGCUGGUGUGUUCCUUCAACUCUGCAUCAAAAAUUAAUAUUCUGGAAUGGUGGCAGAACUGAAGUCGUGACAGCAGAUGACAAGCCAUUUGUAGCAAGUACCAAUGCAGUGGAAGCUCGUUAUUAUGAUGAAGAUAUUGGGACUAUCCGUUUCUUUAGGAUGGACCGCUAUGGCAGACCUUCUGGAAUUACUGCUUGUACCAGAUUUGCAAUGGACAGACAGACUGUGAAAGAGGUAUCUGAAGUAGUCUAUGAAGGUGAAGAGGAAGAUUUGAAGGAUCAAAUAACAUUAGAGGAAUUAGAUCUGGCACCAGCAAAGCUUGAUGAUCUGAAGGUAGAAGUACAAGAUCCCCUGGAGGAGGUAAAUCUGGGUACUGAGGCAGAUCCGAGAAUUACUUUUAUUAGCGGUUCUCUUGAGCCGUGUUUGCAUGAUAAAAUUAUCACUAUUUUGCAUGAGUACAAAGACUGUUUUGCUUGGGACUAUUCUGAAAUGCCAGGUCUGGACAAAAAUCUGGUAGAGCGCAGAUUACCAAUUAGGCCAGAUUUCAAGCCUUUUAAACAGCCGCCUAGACGAAUGUCUUCAGAAGUCACUUUGAAAGUCAAAGAAGAGAUAGAGCAGUUGUUGAAGGUUGGUUUCAUCAGAACUUCCAGAUAUGUGGAAUGGUUAUCUAAUGUGGUUCCCGUGGUUAAAAAGAAUGGCAAGCUGAGAAUCUAUGUAAACUUCAGGAAUUUAAAUCUGGCAACACCAAAAGAUGAAUAUCCUAUGCCUAUUGCCGAUUUAUUGGUGGAUGGUGCAGCACGCCAUCGAAUUCUGUCAUUCAUGGAUGGCCACAGUGGGUACAACCAGAUUUUUAUAGCAGAAGAGGACAUUCCAAAGACCACUUUCCGCUACCCAGGAGCUAUUGGUACGUAUGAAUGGGUAGUAAUGCCAUUUGGUUUAAAAAAUGCGGGUGCAACUUAUCAAAGAGCCAUGAACGCCAUCUUUCAUGACAUGAUUGGUCGUUUUAUGGAAAUUUCUAUUGAUGAUGUGGUUGUGAAAUCUAAUGAGGAUGAAGAACAUCUGGAGCAUUUAAAGCUGGCUUUUGAAAGAAUGAGAAAGCAUGGUCUGAAGAUGAAUCCUUUAAAAUGUGCAUUUGGUGUUUCUACUGGAAAUUUUCUGGGAUAUCUAGUGCAUGAGCGAGGUCUGGAAGUAGAUCAGAAUAAGGCAAGAGCUGUUAUUGAAGCACAGCCGCCAAGAAGAAAGACCAGAGUUUUUUCACCACUGCUGAAGCUAAAAUCAGAAGUAGAUUUCAAAUGGGAGAAACACCAUCAGACCGCCUUUGAGGAAAUAAAGCAUUAUUUAUCAAAGCCGCCGGUCUUAGUGCCUCCUUUAAGAGGCAAACCUUUAAUUUUGUACAUAUCUGCCACAGAUGAAUCUGUAGGCAGAAUUGGGAAAUGGGUUCUGGCUUUGUCAGAAUUCAACUUGAAGUACAUGCCUCAAAAAGCUGUCAAGGGGCAGGCUUUGGCAGAUUUCCUGGCAGAUCAUUCGUGCCUGGAGGUAGAAGCGGAUGAGGAAAAAGAUCUGAACAUAGAAGCAAAUGAGAUGGCACAAAUCGCCUCGGGCUUAAAAAUCCCAGAAGGCGUGAUGAGCAGAAUUGUUGCUGUGGAAAAACGAAUUCUGCCAUCUAUUCACAUGCGUGGUAUGGCAAUUUCUGCUUGUUCCAUAGACAUAGCCCAGACAGAUUGGCGAUAUCCGAUCAUGGAAUACCUCAAAAAUCCAAAUUUUAAGGCCUCAAGAAGAACAAAAAUGCAAGCCUUGAAUUUUGUUCUAUUGGAAGGUGUUCUUUAUAGAAGAGGACAUGAUGAAUUACUCCUACGCUGUCUUGGUCCAGAUGAGUACUGCCAGAUUAUGUCAGAUGUGCAUAAUGGAAUCUGUGGUGCACACCAAGCUGGAAUUAAGAUGAGAUGGCUAAUUCGUAGACAUGGAUUCUUUUGGCCAUCAAUCUUGAAAGAUUGCAUCAGCUAUGCUAAAGGUUGUAAAGCCUGCCAGAUUCAUGGACCACUACAGAGAGUUCCAGCGUCAAAACUCCAUCCAAUUGUCAAACCAUGGCCAUUUCGAGGGUGGGCCAUAGAUUUGAUUGGUAAAGUUUAUCCUCCUUCAACUAGAGGGCAUUCUUUUAUUAUUGUUGCCACAGAUUACUUUACCAAGUGGGUGGAAGCAAAGCCAAUGAAGAAAGUUGAUCAGACCGAUAUUAUUAAAUUUCUUAAGGAAGAAAUCAUUCACAGAUUUGGUUUGCCAGAAACAGUGACUUCAGAUCAGGGGACAGUUUUUGUUGGUGCGCAAGUUGAAGCAUUUGCAAAAGAAAUGGGAUUUAGGUUACUCACUUCAACCCCUCAUUAUGCUCAAGCCAAUGGCCAAGUUGAAGCUUCCAACAGAAUUGUGAUAAAUCCGCUGGAAAAAAUGGUUGAUGAUAAUCCAAGGUGUUGGCAUGAGUUGCUAUCUGACACAAUCUGGGCUUACAGAACUUCACAAAGGAGUUCUACCAAGGCAACUCCAUUCUCUUUAACUUAUGGACAUGAUGUUGUUCUGCCCAUGGAGUUGUCUGCUAGAUCAUUGCGUAUAGCAAUUCAACAUGGUCUCACUUCUGGAGAAUAUAAUGAAGCAAUAAUUCUAGAGUUAGAAGACUUGGAGGGUAUGCGAUUGACGGCCUUAGAUAGGCUGCAAACACAGAAAUUAAAAGUGGCUCGAGCGUACAACAAAUGAGUGAAAUCUAGAAGUCUGGCAAAAGGAGAUCUGGUAUGGAAAGUAAUUCUGCCACCUGGAAAGAAAGACCCCAGAUUUGGGAAAUGGUCUCCAAAUUGGGAAGGACCAUUUCGUAUACAUGAAGUGCUUAGAGGAGGAGCAUAUUGGCUUGAAUCGUUGAAUGGAGAGUUACAUCCUCGAAAAAUAAAUGGAAUCUACCUUA